UAUUGUAUGCAGCACUUCACUUUACUUUUUUGACUGCACGAAAUUUUCCUCUUCUUUAGGUGAGGGGAGGAGACGGAAAUAAAAGAAAGACACGCAUGCAGGUAAUGAACGGAUUAGUUGUGGAGUAUCUUAUUGAUCGCUACGAAGAUAAAUGGAAGGAGCCCACGGUAAAAACAGGAGCAACGCGCCCUUAAACGCAGUCCUUUUCCUCAGUUUUCGUUCUUAAACAGGUCAAUACUGAAGUCUCUGGAUUUAGAUAUACACUAGCAUUCAUUUGGUGCCCGGAUAUUUGUCCGCGGACAUUAUCUGAUUUGAGUAGCGAGCAGUUCAGGAGAGCGAUACCAGAGAAUACAUGUGAGCUUCGAGGAACAGAUAACGUCAAUUUUAAAGAAAGACUUCCAUCGCAUUGGAACAUUUUCGGUCACGUCAUGCACGUAUUAAAACCGAUCGCGUGUGAGCGAACGUAUGUGAUGGAUUGAAAUCGGUGAUAUUUCUUAGAUAAUAUUUCCCAAUUGUCAGAAUUUGUGUCAAAUUGCGAUGUCGGAAAACCGUUCGCAUUCCGCAAUCAGAUAAUGUCUACGAAUAUAAGUAGCGGAGUAUAUUUUGAGCCAAAUAGAGGCUAUUGUGCGUUUUUCUCUGUUUUAUCCGAGGAUUUUUGAGCACCGUAAUAUUUUAGCAACAAAUCGUGCAUGAGCGAAAUUAAUUGAUGAUGAUUUUAAACAUUCUCCAGAAAAGAAAUAUAUUGCUUAAGGCUAGUCUUCAUUUGUAGCCGGUCAGUUAAAAUAUCUAUAUUUGGUGUUACCAACAAUUAGUUAUCAGAAUUCAAGCACCUAACAUAUCAGUUUUUGAAUGACAGUUACAAAGAUAUGGCAUGUUUAGGUUACAAGUAGAAUAGAAAUUAUUUAAUUUUUGUAGAGACUAAACUACUGACGACGAUAUAGGGCAGUUGUGUCUUUAUAUCUACAUGUGGACCAUUUAUUUUUAGCAUAAUAUUAUACUUUCUCCAUACGUUGUUAGAAUAUUGUAGACUAAUAUGAUAUUAUCAAGCUUUUUCCGCAGGUAAUCGUUCGUCACUUUACCAAUUGGGGGAAGCGCUUCCUCGACUACAAGUGAUUAUGAAAUUUUAUUAGAAAAUAUUAGAGAUUUUUUAAUCUUUUACUCCCAAGAUCUCAAUAGUAAUUCUCCUUAUCGUCUGUCAUACAUUUCGUAUAAUGUAACUUUGGAGAAUUUUGUAUUAAAUCAACCGAUAAUCUAAUUGUUGAUAAUUUUCCUUUAGUCUCAUAAUUGUUCUUUUUGAUAUUGUGUUGAUUUUGUAAGGAGCAAUUAUGUCUUAGUCACUCAUAGGAAUUCAGGGUUAAUGCAAUAACCUAUAAGCGCUGGCGGACUUGGGUCUUUUGCAUCGAAUCAACUGUAGCAUGGAGCGUUGGAAGUUGUUGUCCUAAAAAUUAAAUUGUUUUCCUAAGCACUAAGACAAUAGUUAGCAAUUUCAACUUCAAGUCAAGUUUCCGUGACGGCAUCAGAACUAGUGGCAGUUACCGGAUGUACCUGACUGCGUGACAAGAGUUGUUGUCGAUUCCUUAGUGCGUUCAUGUAAAUCUGUAGUAAUGUGUACUUAUCUAUGUGCAUGGCCAGAAACGUGUCGAAAAUUAUUUAAAUAUACGUUCCAUUUAUAUGUUCCUUCCGUUAUUGGCUCAAAAGCGAAAACACUCAUUAAUAUUACAACAGCAUAGAUAUAGACAGCAUAAAUUGCGCAAUAAACAGAAUGGAUAUGGGGAUCUGAAAACUUUACUCGAAUAGUUAUGCUUCUGAGUCGGAAGUUCGAAUUAGCCAUCGUCCGCAUCGAAUUUUGGUCCGCAAAGGUAGCUGAGAAGAUAACACUAGGUAGACAUUCUUGCCCUCAACAGUUGUCGCGAAUCUGAAAGAAACACCGUAACUUAACGCGAAUAAUGCGAUUGAUUCGCUUUCUGAGGCUCAUAAAAAGCUUCGAUUGACUUCCGCUAUUUCUUAGAAAGAUCUUAAUGUAAUUUUUCCCGACUAAGAAGUAAGAUCCACUUGAUGAAACAUAUAUUCUUCAGCACGGUUAGCGGAAGGUUGAUUUUAAAAGGCAUUUCACGUAUAACAGCUGCGUCUAACAAUGGAAUAUUUCUUUAUUGAGCUGCGUGACUUCAACUUUGGUGUGACUACACCUCACGCACGAAAACCCCAUUUUACGUUCUAUUGUCGUCUGCUCGUCACUUGAGUAUGAUUUGGAUUGACAGCUUCACUUUCCACCGAUAAGGAUAAAGAAUCUGUUCCUGUCCACUGUCCUUUCUAGAAAAAUCGCACCGUCAAUCGUCUUCAUGUAGGAAAGCACUAAAAUGUUCUCCUAUUCCCUAAAAUGAACAAUUAGAACACUUAUUUUCACAACUCUUCUAAUUUCUCUACAAGCAAAAAUCAUCAGAUGGCCGCACACGUUGACGCGGCAAUCAACGAACAACCAGAAGGCGGCUCAAAUGUUUACGAAGAUUUUCUUGAUGCAAUUUCGAGUGGUACAAAGGACGAUGUGGAGCGAUUUUUACGGCAAGCGAAUUCAGACGAGCGCAGGGAUAGUCGAGACGAAGAUCCAACAUGUGUGUCUCACAAGCGACAACUUACGAAAGCCCUCGAAGACGAAGAUGCUGUCACAGUUUGGAAAUUAAUAGCAAGAGCUAAAGAGUCGGAGCUCAAGACGAUAGAAAACCUAAACAAGACAUGCGAAACUGUCGCAGAAAAUGAGUGCCUGAAAGAGAAAGGACUGAUCAAGUAUCUUUGGGGAAAGCUACGCGGCCAAAUCAGAUCUGCUAGAGGACGUGAUACUUCCGCUUGUAUAUUCCGAGAAAGCAGGCCACCACAAACUGAAUUUCAACACGAAGAAGAACAACAGUGGAUACGAAUACUUUCUGAUCCACUCUACAUUGGUUUGGAAUGGCUAUGGAGAAAUAAUUCACAGCUGACAUCCACCGCUAUCCAAUACCCGAAGCGGAGAGAAAGUAAGCUUGAAGACAUCAUCGAGGCUGCUUUGGAUGAUGCAUACCUGCUGGAAAAAAUUGCUCGGUACGAGCAUCAUUACAGUCGGGACGAGUACUACAAGCGAGCAUUGGAGUGUGAGAAAUUUGCGGCUGAUGUUGUUGAAGGAUGUAACUUCAGCCAACUUCAGGAGAUAAUGGAUACCGAUGGUAAGGGCUGUUUAAUGGCGAAGAAACCUAAGAAUUUUAAUCAGAGCCUGAUUCUUCUCAAGUUUGCUGCCGACAAAAACAGAAAGAUGUUUGUAGCAAGCCCAAAAUGUCAGUGGAUUCUUAACGAGAUUAUAUACUAUGAAUGGCCUGGUUGGCGGGAUAAAAGCAGACUGACCAAACUGGCUUGGUUCUUCUUCCAACUACUGCUUGUAGCAGUAUCGAGCGUCUUCUACAUACCGAUACGGUUGGUUCGUAAAUUUUAUCGUUGCUGUAACAAUGAGAAGAUUUGGGAAUUCAGAGAGCUUUAUGAGCAUCCCUAUUCCAAGUUUAUUAACCACACGAUGUGGUAUCUGGUGUUUCUCUCAAUGAUAUUCUUGACCUCCUUUGACGACAAGUUUGAAACUUCAUCGACUGGGCUGAUAUGGUGUGACUAUGUGGUGCUUUCGUUUGUUCUUGGCUUACUUCUACAGGAAUUUCUCGAAGCUCGCAGACAAGGAAUUUACAUUUAUAUAUCAAAGUGGUGGAAUGUCGUAGACACGCUGAUCAUCUUGACUUUUCUGGCGUCCUUCGCUGUGUGGUUGCUCUCCUGUCUGUACUUUAGAAAAUGGAAACCUGAGGAAGCAGCGUUUGUUCUAGCCGAUGUGUUGUACGCAAGUGCAUCCGUUAUGGCAUAUUUUCACCUGACGCAUAUAUUUCAGGUUGAUUCGAUACUUGGCCCUCUACAGCUGUCACUUUACAAAAUGCUCAAAGAUGUGCAAAGAUUCCUCUUUAUCUUCCUUGUGCUGUAUUUCUCGUUUGCUAAUGGCGUCGUAAAAGUCUACUCUUACUAUGAAACCUCGAAAACUGAACUGCAGAGAAAAUGGAACCACACUGAGAAUGAGGAAUCCCAUCCGUACGCGGGUCACAAGAGCGCGUUUAUAGCGUUAUUCUGGUUGCUGCUUGGCCUCGUAGAAGAAGACAAAAUUGAGGUAAAAGACCCAGUGUUUGCUCUCACCGCCACAUUUGGUCGUCUUUUCCUGAUGGCUUACGUGAUUUGCACUGUAAUAGUGGCUUUGAACAUGCUGAUCGCCAUGAUGAAUAAUUCGUUCGAGAGAAUCAUGAAAAACUCCGAAAUUGAGUGGAAAUACUCAAGAUCCCGAAUGUGGCUGGAAUGGAUUGACAAAGGCAACACGAUGCCGGCACCCAUCAACAUGGUCUAUUACACCUUGUAUGGGAGUAUUCUAUUUGCUGACAAAGUUUCUGGGAAAUUCAGAGAAAAAUGUUGUUGUUGUCGUGGUAAUGGGGAACCAGACGAAGUGCAGGCGCAAAGAGAGAGAGACGAGAUUACCGCCAGAAAAGAGAGACGAAAAGAAACGAUGAAGGAAUUGGUGGUGAAAUAUCUAAGGGGCCGCUACUUUGAAAAAUGCGAGGAAGACAACCUAAGUGGAGAUGACACAACGGAUGACAAAAGUGGGAAAGCGGGAAAAAAAGAGAGCUCCCAGUUCAUUGAGGAAAACAUUAAGUUACUUAGACGAUUGGUUGAUCGUCAGGCGAAGGAGCUUGCCAAACUUAAUAAAAUGAUGGACACAUUAGUGAAGUGAUAAUGGCACUGACUGUUGCUCUACUGACCAUUUUGUCACAGCUUUCCAAUUGUUUCUUAUCAUAUAUUGUCAACCAGAAUCUAUGGAGCAAGGAUUAGAGGCCUUCACCCUUUCACGUUCAUCUUAAAUUCAUGAUUACAGAGAAGGGAACAGAAUAUAAAUGAAGAUAGAGUAGAACAAAUAACUCAGACUUAAUAAACUACAUCAGAAUAAUAACAAUUAUUCUUUCAAGACAACUAUUUACUGAGAUUUUCUGGGACUGGUCUCCCAAUAAUUAAUGAGUUAUAUUUCAUAACGCACUUGUGUGGUUAUUUACUACCCCUCUGCCAAUUUAAAAAUCAUUAUUAAUGUGCUAGAUUAACAUCAACACACAUUGUGCUCGGAACACUUUGGGUAUGGGUUAAUACAAAACUGAGUGUCAAAAACAUAAACUACAAUGAUACAAUGGGUAAGCUAUAGGGAUAAACGCAAUUGUAAAGGAUAAAUAUACAAAGUAGAGAAUAAAAAAUAGGUGAAAUCAA